AUGAAGCAGGCCCUGGUGGAUGAUACUGAGGAUGUGUCCUUGGACUUUGGCAACGAAGAGGAGUUGGCCUUUCGGAAAGCCAAGAUCAGGCACCCCCUGGCCACCUUCUUCCACCUGUUUUUCCGAGUGAGCGCUAUCGUCACUUACGUGGGCUGCGACUGGUUCAGCAGGAGCUUUGUGGGCUGCUUCGUCACCGUGCUCCUCCUCCUCUCCUUCGACUUCUGGUCUGUGAAGAACGUAACUGGGAGGCUCAUGGUGGGCCUCCGCUGGUGGAACCAGGUCGAUGAAGAUGGGAAAAGCCACUGGAUCUUUGAAGCCAGAAAGGUCUCUCCUAAUAAUAUCACCGCCACUGAAGCAGAAGCCCGGAUCUUCUGGCUUGGCCUCAUUAUUUGCCCGAUUAUUUGGAUUGUGUUCUUCUUCAGCACCUUGUUUUCCUUGAAGCUAAAGUGGCUGGCCCUCGUGAUAGCGGGGAUCUCCCUCCAGGCCGCUAACCUGUAUGGCUACAUCCUUUGUAAGAUGGGAGGCGAGAGUGACAUCAGCAAAGCCGCAGCCAGCUUUCUGUCUCAGACAGUGUUCCAGACGGCCUGCCCACGUGACUUUGAGAAGCCUGGCCUCGAGGGGCUGGAGAUCCACAAGUGUUAG